GAUUAUUACCUAACGGCAAACGAGGAUGAAAUUGUUCGAUAUGUACGCAAUCUGUUGAUUGCUCUUUCUUAUGUGCACCGUCAUCGUAUCAUUCAUCGGGAUGUGAAACCGACAAACUUCCUGAUGGAUUCAACCACUAGGCGAACUCCUGAUGACCUUGCCUUGUUAACUUUACUCAGUGAUACGAGGUGCUUCCUAAUCUUUCAGGAGAACAAUCCCCCCAAAACCCCGAGAUUGGACAACAAUCCAGUUCCGAUCCAAACACCCUCACAUUCGGAGAGCGGCACCUUACUUUCUACCUCUGAUGGAUCCCCAUCCAUGCGAAUUCCCGCCACGCCUCUUUCCAAUCGAGGAAUUUCACGUGCUACUCCAAGUCAUAUCUCAUCAACGAGUACCACUCAGUCCGCCACUCCUGGAGCAUGUGCGUGCGGUUUCCGCUUGACGGUCUGUCGGGGUUGUCGACAACUGCCUCGCAUCACUGCAGCUCGCCGCGGUGGAACUUUAGGAUUUCGGCCACCCGAAGUAAUGAUGCGUCACACAGAGCAGACCACGGCAGUAGAUGUAUGGGCGGUCGGAGUUAUAUUACUCUCGUUUUUGUCCGGGCGGUACCCUUUCAUUAAAGUGGACGACGAUCUGGAUGUUCUGCACGCAUUCACACAUUUGAUCGGGUAUGAACGAAUGCAGGCUUGUGCAAAAGCACUUGGUCGACGGCUAUUGGUUGACCCGAAACCACCACCAAUGGACGCGUCCGAUACUCCGGCCACGUGGCUCAAGUUAAGAUGUGUGGCGAUCCGGAAACAGGAGAAGAAAUUCGCUGGACUUCCACCUCUUUUAUCCAACGAGAAAAAACUCGCAGACAAGAGCGCAACCUGCAGUGCUGUGACCGGUGUGGAGACAAAGAAAAACCCGAUUGCACUACCCGCAUCACAUGUGUUUCCCCUGUCCGCAUAUGACCUUUUGGCUAAGCUGCUUGAGCCUAACCCAAACAAACGGGUUUCCGCUUACGAAGCACUGCGACAUCCAUUUCUGAGUUUCAAUUCUCCUAGUGGUCAGUCAAUCAGUCUGGACGGUUCCCACGCACAAAAAUGCAGCAAUGUGGAUAACGAGUCUGUACAGAUUCCGGCUGGAGUAUCAACAAAAACACCAGAAGCGACUUUUACACCAAGACCACAAUUUAAUUAA